AUGAUAUUAAAGUAUUUCGAAAAGUUAAUCAUGGGUAAUCAGUUGGCUAGUUUAAAAAAGGAGGAAGUUGAAACUCUCUUGUUAUCAACUCAUUUUGAAAGUAAAGAAUUAAAAUCAUUAUAUAAACAAUUCAAGAAGGAUUCACCAACAGGAAUGAUAAACAAGGAGGAUUUCAAAGAGAUUAUAACACAGAUGGGUAUUGGAGAUGCUUUCUUGCACGAAUUACUAUUUAAUGUGUUUGACAAGAACAAAGAUAAUACUAUCAACUUUCAAGAGUUUGUUUGUGGACUAUCAUCAAUAACAAGAGGAACACCUGAAGAAAAAAUAGAAUUUGCAUUUUCAUUAUAUGAUUUAGAUGGAAAUGGAUAUAUAACUAAAAAGGAAAUGGAAACGAUAUUAGAGAGCAUGUAUAAAUUGGUAGGACCGUUUGUUACUUGUAGUGGAAAGAGAUAUGAUCCACAUGAUUUAAUAGAUGACUUUUUUGACAAGAUGGAUGAAAAUGGUGAUGGAAACAUAUCACUUGAAGAGUAUAAAAGAGGUACUUUAAAGAAUCCUGAUAUUAUUCAAGGUUUAAGAAUUAUCAAUUAA